UCUGUCCUUACCCCCCCCCCCGUUCUUCUCCGUCAGACAAUGGAGUCUGGACUGCUAGCUUGUCCCUACCCCGUCUGAUGUGUGUGCCUGGUCUCUCGUUCCCCGCUCAGCAUCCAAUGCAUGUGGACAUUCUUCGCAAUGGGCAAACUCGGUGACCUGUCACCUCAGGGUAGCGUCGCGGUCGGAGUCAUUGUCGGGUUGAUCUCGACCAGUCUCCAGGCGAUCGGACUGACCCUCCAACGCAAGUCGCACAUUCUCGAGGACGAAAAACAUCCGUACGAUUUACGCCGACCACCCUACAAACGUCGAAGAUGGCAGCUGGGUAUGCUCAUGUUCGUUGUUGCGAACAUUGUUGGCAGUACGAUUCAGAUCACAACCCUUCCGCUGCCCGUACUCUCCACACUUCAAGCAUCCGGCCUCGUUUUCAAUACCGUCUUCGCCACUCUGAUCCUCGGUGAAGCGUUUACAAGAUACUCCCUGGUGGGCACACUUCUGGUCUGCAUCGGUGCAUUGCUCAUCGCGUUAUUUGGUGCCGUGGGAGAGCCGGCGCAUACGCUUGAUCAACUCCUGGAGCUCUUGCAGCGUCGAAACUUUGUACUCUGGAUGGCAGGUACUGCUCUGAUGGUGCUGGCUAUCUAUGCAGGCUCCCGGCUGCUCGAAUUUCUUACAUCACCAUCUCGGUCCAAGCAUACGGGGCCGCGUGCUUCCUACAGGGCACUGCAAGUGUCCCCGGGGCGUGUUCGUCUCAUACGCGGACUAUCCUUUGGCAUGAUCAGCGGGAUCCUCUCCGCACACACUCUUUUGCUUGCGAAGUCGGCUGUCGAGCUGUUGGUUCGCACGGUUGUGGAUCGCGUCAAUCAGUUCAACCGCUGGCAAUCAUGGGUCAUCUUGCUGGCAAUGAUAGUGCUUGCUCUAUCUCAGCUCUUUUACUUGCAUCGAGGGUUGAAACUGUGCAGUACCAGCAUCCUGUAUCCCUUUGUCUUCUGCAUUUAUAACAUUAUUGCUAUCAUAGAUGGUUUGGUCUAUUUCGAACAAAUGUCCCAGCUGGCAGGCUUCCAUGCUGGACUAAUCGCGCUGGGAACUAUUGUCCUCCUGAGUGGAGUGCUCUGUCUCUCGUGGCGUCUAGAAGAUAUUGACAGCCACGCCGCUGUGGCCGUGGGCGGGCCAACGCAGACCGGGCUGGGUCCAGGGAUGGCUGUUCUUGAGGAGCUUCCGCAAUCACCCAUUGGCUUGGGACUGGACGGCGAAGAAGGAUCGGAGCGGGAGCCACUGUUACAGACAGCUCAUCUGCCUCGCCGCACCCCGCACCAAAGGGCUCCCAGCCUUCCUCUGUUACACGCACCAUUGAACCAUCGGGAUUCGACGCCGGACGUGGAUCCUGCUUCCAUCUGGGCCGAGCUCGAUGAUUCGGACAACGAAUACGCGGCAUUUGCCUUACGGCCGGGUCAAGACAAACGCGCCUCGGCUGGCCCAUUUUCAUCACGACCGCGAAUUCGGAGUGGCACAACCAUCCUGCGAGACAGUCUGCUCCGUGGACCACGGCGCUCCAGCACCAAUCCUGUGGGUCAGCCGCAAACCUGGAAUCAGCGCAGAAAAUCCUACUCAAUUUACAACCGCCAGAAACGAAGGCGAACAUCCGCUCCCGCCUCCGAAAAUGGCCAGCUUCUCCUUCAUCAGCAGGGGGCUGGUGCUCGGACGUCUGGAUACGGCACGCACGAGGAACGAAGCGACAGCCUCGUCUCUCCCGACCACCGUCGCCAUAACUCCUCCCGCCAAUCCCCCGGUGCAUUCACUGAAGGUGGAAAUGAGGGCGGUGUCAUCCUCGCAGGUCCGAGGAGAGCUCUGCGCCAGGCGUGGUCAAGCUUACAGACCCUCACCCAUUGGACGUCCAGCCGGGCCCAGCGGUCUGACCAUGAACCAGACCUCGAGGCUCACCCGGAUAACCCUCUCGGAUAGUGGUCUUUCUUUUCGCCUUCUUACUCUCCUUUGAUAGAACUCCACUGGCCAGGACAGCACCCAUAUAUGCCUUGAUCAGUAGACCAGCCGAGCCUUAUCACUUAAUGUACAACAAUCCAUACAUUCUAUACCUACCAUAUCAGACCUAGCUUAUCAGAGUAUACCGCCAAUACACAUCUUG